AUGCCUUCUCACUGGGUCUGGAGAAACUGGCUUCAACAAGUACGGCUCUGUCAAGUCGAUUGUGUGUCCAGAGGUGGAAGAGGAGCCCAUGCUGGAAGUGCUCAAAGAGUGGGUUUGUCUCAAGACCUGGCGAAGGAGUUCUACAAGAGCUUCGGCGGAAACAUCUUUCUAUGCCACCAAGCCAUUGACAAACUUCGGCAGCAGUUUAGGAUGGGUGAGGAAAACCUCUUCCACCCCUUCAACGUCCGAGGCGGCAAUGCCUGGCUAGGUGGCCUCGUGGGCGACCCGCUCACUCGGAAGCACAUGGUGAACUUGGCUGAGAAAGGAUGGUCAGCAAUAGAGGAUGGCACUGCAACAGAGGAGACGGAGAGCCAGAGAGGCGCCCGAGUCAUCGCCAAGAGGAACUUCGGCGCCAUCAUCGAGAGAGAAGCGCCUACUUUCUUGGACCCAGCCUUGAAGGCAGCGAUGUUCAGAGACCGGCGGGUUCUCCUUUCGCCGACCACCUACGCUCGGAAGUGCAUCCAAAGGGUGGUGGAGACUAUGAAGUCAAGCGCCUUGGACGUUUUCAAAGCCAACAGUGAAGCUUUUUGA